AUGCUGCAAAGAUUGUUGAUUGGUUUCUGUUUUUUUCGAAGUUCAUACAGAAAACUCUCUAUAACAAUAAGUAUCGUUGUUGUUUUAUGUUUUACGUGUUCGUUGCUCUUUGAAAUUGAGUAUGCACCGAAGAAACUAGUAUAUAAACACGUAAGGUUUGACGAAAAACACGAAUGUGUAGAAAAUGCUACAACCUCGUACAACGGAGCUAAAAAACUCAUUUUGUUCUACACAACAAUAUUCGAGGAUCUCCCUAUUUUUCAUACCGACACGCUUCGUUGGCGAUGCUGCCAACCAUUCAACUGUCACAUUACCACUGAUAAAAGUCGAUUUGGGGAAAGCGAUGCUGUAGUAUUUCAUGCACGCGAUUUACCUUCUGCCGAGCAUAUGCCUUUGAAAGAGAGACGAACUUCGCAACGUUGGAUUUACUUUACGAUGGAAUGUCCUUAUUAUUCAAAGAUCAUACCCAAAGAUUACAAUGGUAUGUUCAACUGGACGAUGACUUAUGAUAGACGAUCCGACAUUCAUCAACCUUACGGUUCUUACACGAAGAAGUUAAUUGAAGACAAAGCCUCAAAAGACAUGCUAACACAUUUCCCUUCCUCCUGUCUAGGAAUGCAGAGAAAUUUCGCAACAGGGAAGGACAAAUUACUUGUUUUGGUCCAAAGCCAUUGUAAGACUAUCGAUGGCAUCAGGGAGAAUUUUUUCCAUGCCUUGAAUAAAAUAGUGAAGGUUGAUGUUUAUGGUAAAUGUGGAGGUGUAUUUGGGAGAGUAGCUUGUCCAAGAUGGAGCAAAAAGUGUGCUGAAAAAUUGAAAAGAUACAAAUUUUAUAUAUCUCUUGAGAAUAGCAUUUGUGAAGACUAUAUAACUGAGAAAUAUUGGAAAGCAGCUUUCGAUAUCAAUGCUGUUCCUAUUGUUUUUGGUUUGUCAUUCUUCAAAGAGCUGGCUAUUCCUGGCUCAUACAUUGAUGCUUCUGCAUUUCCAACUUUGAAUGGUCUUGUUGAGUACAUCAAAUAUCUUGAUAAGAACAACACGGCAUAUAAUGAGUAUUUUGCAUGGCGGCAGCAUUAUAAAGUGACAAAUUUGGAGCCAUGGCCUUGUAGAUUGUGCAAGAUGUUACACAACAAAUCCCUGCCUCUAAAAACAUACCAGGAUUUUGACGAGUACUUUGAUGCAGAAAAGGUUUGCAGAAGUCUCAGCAGAACUAUCAUAUUCUAGCAAAGGAAAGAGCAUAGAUUUUAAUAAAAACAGAAGUUUUAUUUAUAUGAGGUUUUAUUAAUGCAAUGUUUAACAUGAAGAAAAUAAUAGUUA